AUGCCUGAGAUGGAGCAGCCAAAGAAAGUUGCUGAUAGGUAUCUCAAGCGAGAGAUUCUUGGGCAAGGUACUUAUGGAGUCGUCUACAAGGCCACUGAUACUAAAACGGGACAAACUGUAGCAAUCAAGAAGAUAAGGCUUGGUAAACAAAAGGAAGGUGUAAAUAUUACAGCUCUCAGGGAAAUCAAAAUGCUUAAAGAACUGAAGCAUCCACAUAUAAUUCUGUUGAUAGAUGCAUUUCCGCACAAAGAAAACUUGCAUCUUGUAUUUGAGUUUAUGGAGACUGACCUCGAAGGAGUUAUUCGCGAUUCAAACAUAUUCCUCUCACCUGCCGACAUUAAAUCUUACCUCUUUAUGACACUAAAAGGACUUGCUUAUUGCCAUGAGAAAUGGGUUUUGCACCGGGAUAUGAAGCCUAAUAACUUGUUGAUAGGACCUGAUGGACAGCUGAAACUUGCAGAUUUUGGGUUAGCACGUAUAUUUGGUAGUCCAAAUCGUAAAUUUACCCACCAGGUGUUUGCUAGAUGGUACAGAGCACCAGAACUUUUGUUUGGUGCAAAACAAUAUGGUGCUGCUGUUGAUGUUUGGGCUGCUGGGUGCAUAUUCGCCGAACUUCUGCUACGCAGACCCUUUUUACAGGGAAACAGUGAUAUUGAUCAAUUAAGCAAAAUAUUUGCUGCCUUUGGGACACCAAAAGCAGAUCAGUGGCCUGAUAUGACUAACCUACCAGAUUAUGUAGAAUAUCAAUUUGUCCCUGCACCAGCCCUGCGUUCUUUAUUUCCAGCAGUUAGUGAAGAUGCUCUCGACUUGUUGUCCAGACUGUUUACCUAUGACCCAAAGGCUAGAAUUUCCGUUCAGCAGGCUCUAGAACACAGGUACUUUACUUCUGCACCUGCUCCUACUGACCCUGCUAAGCUCCCAAAGCCCAUUCGCAAGCAAGAAGCUAAAGGCUCUUAUGGUAAGCAUGAGGCCAUCAAAGUGAUCUCACCACCACGUAAGCUUAGAAGAGUAAUGCCUGAGCGUGGGAGGCUUGAUAGUAUGAAGUCUCACGCUGACAAGGAUCAACAAGCACCCAUGUCAUUAGAUUUUACCAUCCUCGCUGAGCGACCUCCAAACCGACCUACCAUCACGAGUGCUGAUAGAUCUCAUCUAAAGAGGAAACUCGACCUCGAGUUCCAGUAA